GGGAAAACUGGUCCUGAUUGUCAGAGUUGAAAGCCAGUGAGUGAGCUAGGACUUUGCUGUGACAGCUAAGCUGAGUGGCUGUGGUGGUCUCCUUCCCUAUAGGAUGGGGGCACAGAGACAGUGUGCCUAGCACUGAGGACACAGAGACUCUCUUUUUUCCAAUUCACUGCUGACAGUUUCCACAUUCCUACUUGUGCCAUGAUUUACUUUUGCAUGUUGUCUUUCUUGGUGUUCCUGAUCACCCUGUUUUCAUUAUUAACCGAAGAGCAUAUCUUCACGUUGAAUCAUCGUCUGUUACAUGGAGCCUGCAGACACCCAGGAACCUUUUCCAAAAGGAGCUGUUUGUUGUGCCACAGUGGUAGGGGUCCACAGCUGAACCACAGUUGCAGUCAUUGGUCACAGGUCAUUCCGCUGACAGAUGUUUACCGAGUACCUAUUCUGUGCCAGGCACCGUGGUCAGAGAAGGAACUAAAGAGACCCACAGAAACGCCUGCCUUCCGAGAGCCUGCAUUCUAGGGGACAGAAAGGUGAUAAAAUACACAGUACACUGGAGUGAAAUAAUGGCCGCGCUAUCUAAUCUCUAGGAAAGGAAAAACCAGCUCUGCGUGCACCCAGCAUCCUCCAGGUCCAGAUCAGCAGCUUCUGGAAGUCUUUGUUUCUGCCUUCGUGUGGAACAGUGUCCCUACCAGACACCAGUGGAGGGAAAGAGGCAGACAAGCACCAAAAACUAGGGUCCCACUUCAACAUAAAGCAGUGCCACCUGGCCAUCUGGCUCCAUUCCAGGCACCUCCCAUUCUUCCUAGUUCCCUCCUCACCCACACCUCCAAGAAGCAGUGAUUACUAACCCACCCCAGUGUGACAGAGCUCAGGUGCAGAGGUGGAUGCCCUUGCCCAGGUCACUCAGCAAAUACACAGAAGAGUUAGGAGUUGAACCAUGUCUGUGUAACUCCAGAGCCUGGGGGUUUCCACUUCCUGUGGUUCCUCAUUGUCACAUACAGACCUCCUCAAGGAUCUGCAAAGGGCUAGGAGCCCUCCCCUAUAAAAUACACACACAAAUUACAUGCACCCACAAAGACACACAUCACACACAUAGAUAUACAUAGACACACAUAGAAACAAUAUGGACAUGCACGUACAUGCACACACCACACAGCGACACAUAUACACACAGACGAGUACAUACACAGUACACAUAUGUUACCUGCGACUUCAGGAGUACCCAGUCUCCAGGUAUCAUUAGUUAAGACGUGACGGAGGGAAGGUGGUCUUGUGAAGAUGGCAGCAGAGAUUGGAGUGAGCGUUUGCAAAGGAACUUUGGGACUGCUGACAACCAGCAGAAGAGAGUCUUCCCUUUAGCCUUGGGAGGGAGUGGGCCCUGAUGGCUCCUUGAUGUUGGACUUCUGGCCUACAGCAGGCUGAUGCCUGAGGCAGACGCCACACAGCUCUGGAGCUGGACGCAGCUUCCCCACAAGGACCCCAGCAUGCCAGACAGCAGAGAUGCCCCGCAGGACUGCCGGCCGGAUGGGAGCUUGGGGACCACCCAAGAAAACCUGGCAACCAGCUCCCUGACUGACAGGCACACGCUCUCCAAAGAGUCCAUAAGCCAUGCACUUGACCUCUUGUCCCCAGAGAAGGCAAAGGAUGCUCAGUCCAGCUCUCCAGAGCAGGCACUGUGGACGACUCAGGCCGAUGGGCGGGUCGGCCUGCGCAUCGACCCCAGCUGCCCGCAGCACCCGCCUCAUACCGUGCAUCGGAUGUUCUACGAGGGCCUAGACAAGUACCGGCACCUCCACGCUCUGGGCUUCAAGCGCCAGGGCUCCUGGGAGCACAUCACCUACUCCCAAUACUACCUGCUCGCCCGCAAGGCUGCCAAGGGCUUCCUGAAGCUCGGUCUGGAGCGAGCACACAGCGUGGCCAUCCUCGGCUUCAACUCCCCAGAGUGGUUCUUCUCGGCAGUGGGCACAGUGUUUGCAGGAGGCAUCGUCACUGGCAUCUAUACAACCAGUUCUCCUGAGGCCUGCCAGUACAUUGCCCAUGACUGCCGUGCCAACAUCAUCGUGGUUGACACACAGAAGCAGCUGGAGAAGAUCCUAAAGAUCUGGAAAAACCUGCCCCAUCUGAAGGCAGUAGUGAUGUAUCGAGAACCUCCUGCAGAGAAGAUAGCCAACGUGCACACGAUGGAGGAACUCAUGGAGUUGGGGGACCAGGUGCCCGAGGAGGACCUGGACACCAUCAUUGAUGUCCAGCAACCCAACCAGUGCUGUGUGCUGGUCUAUACAUCUGGCACCACUGGCAACCCCAAGGGCGUGAUGCUGAGUCACGACAAUAUCACGUGGACAGCACGGUACGGCAGCCAGGCUGGCAGCAUCCAGCCAGCAGAGGUCCAGCAGGAGGUGGUAGUCAGCUAUCUGCCCCUCAGCCACAUUGCUGCCCAGAUAUACGACCUGUGGACAAGCAUUCAGUGGGGGGCCCAGGUCUGCUUUGCUGAACCUGAUGCACUAAAGGGGAGCCUGAUAGAGACGCUGCGGGAAGUGGAGCCCACGUCCCACAUGGGGGUGCCUCGGGUGUGGGAGAAGAUCAUGGAGCGCAUCCAGGAGGUGGCGGCUCAGUCUGGCUUCAUCCGGCGCAAGAUGCUACUGUGGGCCAUGUCAGUGAUGUUGGAGCACAACCUCACCUGCCCGGGCAGCGACCUGAAGCCCUUCACAACCAGACUGGCAGAUUACCUGGUGCUGGCCAAGAUCCGCCAGGCACUGGGCUUUGCCAAGUGUCAGAAGAGCUUCUACGGAGCAGCCCCCAUGACGGCGGAGACACAGCACUUCUUCCUGGGCCUCAACAUCCGCUUGUACUCGGGCUAUGGCCUCAGUGAGACCUCGGGCCCCCACUUCAUGUCCAGCCCCUGCAACUACCGGCUGCACAGCUCUGGCAAGGUGGUGCCCGGCUGCCGGGUGAAGCUGGUGAACCAGGAUGCAGAGGGCACUGGCGAGAUCUGCAUGUGGGGCCGCACCAUCUUCAUGGGCUACCUGAACAUGGAGGACAAGACACGAGAGGCUUUGGACGCUGAUGGGUGGCUGCACAGCGGUGACCUUGGCCGCCUGGACAGCGACGGCUUCCUCUACAUUACAGGGCGUCUCAAAGAACUAAUCAUCACCGCCGGUGGGGAGAAUGUGCCCCCGAUGCCCAUUGAGGAGGCUGUGAAGACGGAGCUGCCUAUCAUCAGCAGUGCCAUGCUGAUCGGGGACCAGAAGAAGUUCCUGUCCAUGCUGCUCACAUUGAAGUGCACUCUGGACCCAGACACCUCUGACCCUACCGAUAAUCUGACCAAGCAAGCUGUGGAGUUCUGCCAGCAGGUGGGCAGCAGCGCCACCACGGUGUCCGAGAUUGUGGGCAGGAAGGAUGAGGCCGUGUACCGAGCCAUUGAAGAGGGCAUCCAGCGAGUGAACAGGAACGCAGCCGCCCGACCCUACCACAUCCAAAAAUGGGCCAUUCUCGAGAGGGACUUCUCCAUUUCGGGUGGAGAGUUGGGUCCCACAAUGAAACUGAAACGGUUUGCAGUUAUGGAGAAGUACAAAGACAUCAUCGACUCCUUUUACCUAGAGCACAAAAAGUAGCCAGGGGCCUCCCAAAGCCCUGUCCUGCUCCACAUGCUCUGCAGUCUGGGGUGGGCUCUGCCGGCAGGUCUGUUAGGUCAGGUGUGGCCCCAGCAUCAACAUUCACCAGGUUUCAUGCCAACAGUAGCUAACAAUUCUGAGAAGCUUCAGGUGUGCAUAGUUUUAGUUUUAAGCAUUGCUUUUUGUGUAGGUGACAGACCAGCUCUCCUUCCAGAAGUAAAGGGCUGACACUUUUUGGCAUUAGUUCCAGGUAGAUUUUAUGGGCUGCUAGCUCCCUGAGUGGGCUGCCAGCGGCAGACUGUGUGGGGGAGGGAGGGGAAGUCGGCUCUUGUUACUGUGUGUGUUGCAGGGAAAGCAGUGGCUGUAACUCACUCACUUAUUCUGGAAUCUGCUGGAUGCUGCUGACCUGUCACUCCAGAGAUUCCCAGGCUCUCCUCCACGCACUCGCCCACUCACUUGAUGCUUCAUACAACUGCUGUCCAUUUGUAUUUAAUGUGUGAUUUGGAUAUUAAACUUUUUAACAGAACUGUCAACAAA